AUGGCUGCCGCUACGACGGACAAAAAGACAGGAGACAAUAAACGGAAGCUCAGCACAAGCUCUGAUGUAGCAGCGGCCCAAGGGGAGGCUAAGCGUACCAAGGGCGAAGACAACGUCAAUCAGCCGGAAAGCUCUAACCCGCCAUCUCAGGACGCUCGAGUGACGUCUCCAUUCGCCAGUGCGCCUACCGUUGAUGUGUUUCUCACAUACGGCGACGCCAUGCUCCUCAUAUGCGAUGAGCCAUGCAGUGAGCAUGAAACCAUCUGGCGCCGGAGCGCCAUACACGAGGCCUGUGCGAAAGUUCAAGCGGAGAAGGAAAAGGAGGAGAAGGAGAACAGCGAUUCACAAGACCGAUAUCGGGGUUCAGAUGAUUGCGUAGAGCAUAUAGCGUUCUGGACGUUCAAUCCCGCGGACGAGGACCACUCACGAAGAGGUCCACGUGCGCAGAAGCUCGUCGACUUAUGGACAGAGGUGUGCAAGACGGAGAAGGAGGACCAGCGGUUUUACGAAGUAUUCAUGCAGAGGGAUGAGCCGCAGGGGGAGGAUGACGCUGCUCUGGAGGUUGUGUUGGACUAUGAGGCUGGUGAUAGAGACGAUGGAAAGGCGGGCGAAGGGACGUGGUGGGUGACCGGCUUUCAAGCUGCAGACGAGACGCACCCAGCAUUGCAGCACUUCGAUGACUACAUGCCUGACUACUAUUGA